CCAAGGAUAUAUGAGGGGCUUUGAGAACGAUGGAGCUGAAUCUGAACUUGAAUCAGUGAAGUGAUCUAAAUUUUUCAAGAACUAAAAUGAAAGCCCUUACUGUUUUACACCGGGCUGCGAGUACUUUGUGCAGCCGGCAAGUUGAAAGAGGAACUCUAUUGACAAGCUGUGGAAUGUGCGGAACGGCGACGUCUAAGGGCAAGCUGCAGCCUGAUUUUGGCUUGCUGUUUGACAUUGACGGGGUCCUGGUGAGAGGCAAGACUCCCAUCCCUGCUGCCAAGAAGGCUUUUCAGAAGCUGGUCGACUCCCGGGGGCAGUUCUUGGUCCCUGUAGUGUUUGUGACCAAUGCAGGGAACUGUCUGCGUCAGAAAAAGGCAGAUCAGCUUUCCCACAUCUUGGGAGUUCCUAUUUCGCAAGACCAGGUCAUGCUGUCUCACAGUCCUCUGAGAAUGUUCAGAAAAUACCACGACAAAUGUGUCUUGGUCUCUGGACAAGGCCCAGUGUUGGACAUUGCCAAGAACCUUGGCUUCAAGAAUGUGUUGAGCAUCGACAUGUUGAGGGAACACUUCCCCCUGCUGGACAUGGUAGAUCACAACAGGAGGCCCAAUCUCCCGACUUCACCCUUUUUGAACAUACCACAAAUCGAAGCGGUCAUUCUCUUUGGGGAGCCCAUUCGAUGGGAGACCAACCUCCAGCUGAUUAUUGACGUGUUGUUGACUAAUGGCAACCUGAAUAAUCCCUAUGUGAGCCAUCACUCUGCCCACAUACCUCUGCUAGCCUGUAAUAUGGACCUCAUGUGGAUGGCUGAAGCUCACUCACCCAGGUUUGGCCAUGGGACGUUCCUGGUGUGUCUGGAGAGCCUCUACAGGAAGAUCAUGGGCCAGGAGCUGAAGUACGAGGCUCUGAUGGGGAAGCCCAGUGAGCUGACCUACCACUUUGCUGAGUUCCUGAUCAGAGAGCAGGCUGCUGAGAGGGGCUGGAGGAUGCCCAUCAGGUCCCUCUAUGCCAUUGGUGACAACCUCAUGACGGACAUCUAUGGAGCCAACCUUUACAAUGGCUACCUGGAGGAGCGUGCGACCAGACACAGUGCCAAGGUGGCGACCAGGGUGGCGGCCGGCACCGGCCCUUCCAAAACCCUGCCCCAGGAGGAGGACAUGGAUAUGGCCUGGGAGAGUGAGCUGGGCUCCCCCUCUGCCACCACCUGCAAGUCUAUCCUGGUCUGCACCGGGGUCUACAACCCCCACACCGAGGUGCCCAUGGACUCCAACAGCAGCAUCAAGGAGACGGUGUUCCACGGCCACCGAGACUUCCGCUUCCACCCCUCCCUGGUGGAGCCGAGCCACAUCGUACAGGACGUGGACGCAGCCGUGGAGCUCAUAUUUGAGGAGAAGUUUGCUGCCUCCAGACUUUGAUUGUAAGGGUGAAUUCGGGAGAAACGAAAUCUGAUGUAGGAAAAGACAUUUAUCUGUAUUUUUGCCAAUGCUCUUUGCUUUGCAUAUCUAUGUGUAUUUAUAAAACCAUGAAACUAAGCACAACAAAUAUUUUCAUACCUUGUAAACAGAGGAGUUAGACAGAUUUUGAAGUAUUGAAGUCAGUCCAAAUUGCACUACAUGCUUUCAGAAAGGUGUACACUGUAUGUGAAGGACGGAGCAGCAUUUUAUUGCAAAUUGGCCAUCCUGUAACUUUGUUUUUUUUUUACUGUGCCUUAACUUAAAAGUCCUUUCAUUUCAGUACUUAUUUGAUGUUCUUGUAUAUAGAUCGUUGUUAACCAGUGUGCAGCCCUGUCCAUGUAUACAAUUGUGUAAAUAGCUUCUAAAAUUGUUGGAAAGGACUUUUGUUUUCUAGAGAUUUUGGAACUUAAGAUACUUUCAAGAAAGUGACAUCACUGUGACGCAAAGGACCUACAUAUUUAGGUUACAUAUUAGGUUAUUUAUUUUAUUAACAAUUCAAGAUUAACAAUAUAUUUUGUCUAAAUGUACUGUUCAGAAUAAAUGACUAAACUUUU